UCUGCUGUCGUAAACAACGUGAAGAUGUCUGAACGACCAGCUUAUGGCUUAGCCUGAAACAUAAAGGCUUAGUUUUGUUUUUGGUUUACUUUUGCUUUUGUUUCGUUUGGCGCCCUGGACAUUGUAUUAGAUGGGGACCCAGAGCUUACCAUGAAACUCCGGGUGCAGAAUGACAGGAGUGAUUCCAGAAGAGCACUGAAACUGAGGGAGUCUCCUACUGUAAUGCAGCCUAAUUCAAGUGAGCGGGGCGCCCAUGCAGGAAAUGGUUUAUCCCUAACUCUGCAACCAGAGCUUCUUCCCAGGACUCCAGCCCCCGGUGCUGCUGCUGCUGCUGCUGCUGCCAGCCCUGAGAGCAGUGAGGUGCGGGUACCCAUGACCAGUGGGGCUGGGGAGUCCAGUGGAGGUGCCUCAUCCAGGAGGUGCAGAGUCAACUCCCACAGCCACUCCCAUUCUCAGUCACACGGACAAAAUCGGACACCGCACCACUCGAAUUCGGAGCCUGAGCUUGACCCGUCUGACUCUGAUCUGGACUCUGGAGAGCCCAGCACUUCCUUGUCUGAGCUUCGCUGUCUCUUCCGCUGGCUGCAGAAGAGCCUUCCUUUCCUCAUCAUACUGUGUGCUAAACUGGUCAUCCAACAUGCUCUUGGUCUAGCCGUUGGGGUUGGCCUCUUCACAACUUUUCUAUAUGUGAAUAAAAGCAUUCAAACUCAAGUCUUUCUUCAGGAUCGUCACUCUAAGCUGCAGUGUGUAUGGCUGCUAGUGUUCCUGAUCUCCUCCACCCUCCUGCUUUACUACACCUUUCUCACUGAGACACUUUACCAUUGCCUCAUCUUCCUCAGUCCAGCCAUUGAGCCUCUGGGUUUCUGGGAGGUUCUAUGGGCUGUCGGCAUCACCAACUUCAUAAUAAAGUUCCUCUUCAUGGGGAUUAAGUGCCUUAUUCUGCUGCUGCCAUCUUCACUGGUGACCUACAGAACCCAGGGGCGGUGGCUGAUGCUGGCUGAAGAGCUGGGUCAGGUCCACCAGGGCAUAGCUCCUGUUUCACUGUGGUUCCGCUACCUGGUCAUCUACCAGGAGGCUGACGGCACCCCUGGACUCACACUGGGGGUCUUGCUGGCUUUGGUCUACCUCAUACUGAAGCUUUUAGGAUUGUACGGGCAGUGGACGUCUUUAAUGAAAACUGUGAGGAUAUUUUUAAAGGGCGAGCAUACAGGCUCAGCAGCCACUAGGAGUCAGUGCAGCGAGGCUGGAGAUGUCUGCCCCAUCUGUCAGGGAGAGUACAGGGAGCCUCGGGCUCUACUCUGUCAGCACAUAUUCUGUGAUGAAUGCAUUGCUCUGUGGUUCAACCGGGAGAAGAGCUGCCCUCUCUGCCGCACCGUGAUCACAGAGAAGGUCUACAAAUGGAGGGAUGGAGCCACAUCUCCACACCUGCAGAUUUAUUGAUCGAUAAAGGCACAGGUGGGACGUUUUUGGGUGUGGGACAUGGAUAUUAGCUUGUAUUUAAUAUGUGACUUUUCUGUGGCUCUCAGACCCCACUGAAAAGUAAUGUUGCACACACUGUUUCCUGAAUCAGCUAAGGGCUGUGCCCCCUGCGGGCCGAGGUCAGUAAAGACACACUAGCACCCACGAUAGGCAUGUUUCUGGCUUAUUUACCAGUACAUACCAACAUGGUACCCUCACAGACAACAGAAAGUUGAUUAUGUUCAUGCCCCCCCGAGUGUUUUUUUAAUUUUUCUAUUUUAAGUUGUUUCGUGUUGUGUUGCUUUUAUUCACCUUUAACUUUCCUUGUGGGGCAGCAAAUUGGUCUACUUCCACUGUUUCUUCUACUUGUAAAUAUGGGGAUAUCAGAGAAAUAUAUAAAGUAUUUUAAACAGGUUUUUCCUUAUAUGGUUGGACAAACAUGCAAAACAUGAAACCUUUCUUAUCCAGUGUUUCUAAAUUUGUGGAAGCAUCUUGUCUGAUUUGUAACAAUAAAAGUGUAGAGGUAAGCAGCUGCAUACCUCUGCUCAGGAGUGCUUACUGAAUUCUGCUUCAGAUGUAUCUUUGAGCUUGAAUGAGUUCAAAUAAAUGAGAUUGGAGGGCUGACAACUUGCAUACUGCAAAGGCCUUUAGGAAGCUCGGUACACAGGAAUGACAAGACCAUUGCCAGCCUGCAUCCAGGCACUGAAAAUGGACAUGGCAGGCUAAAGAAUCAGUUUAUGUGAUGGAUAAAUGAACAGUUUGCCUUCUGCUUUCAGUGGCUAUUUUUACACAACUGAUAAAAAGGAUGCAACUGAGCUUGUGAGAUCGAUUUACACAUAAAUUAUUUUUCUAUAGAGGUGAUGCAGCCUCAUUUUUUUGUAUAAACCAAAGACUUGGAGAAACAUCUAUUUUAUUAUGUAUGAAAAUCAUUUCACUGUUGUUUUUACCCAUUGAGAUCCAAAUCUAAUCUGAAUAAAGAUCUACAUUUGAAUGAUA